GGGGCGGGGCCUGACGCCAGCGUAAGCGUGUGGGUUCGCCAGUCAGCCGCGGGUCUCCUUCGCUGGUGGCUCGUUGUUCCUCGACUACCGAACCUGCAGAAGCUGCGGGUCGCCGCCCGCCCACCCGCUCCGCGCCUGCGCGCGCUCGGGGGAGCGGGCCGCGCGGGUCAUGGCGCACCGCUGCCUGCUGCUGUGGGGCCGGGGUGGCUGUGGCCGCCGCCUCCCGCCGCUGCUCCUGCCCCGCGGCUGCCCCGGCUCGGGCCGGCGGCCCUGCCUGCGCAUGCUUUAUCAAUACGCGACAGCACAGACAACCAGCAGAAAUUCUCUUCUGAGGGAUGUAAUUGCUGCUUAUCAAAGAUUCUGUUCUCGGCCUCCCAAAGGAUUUGAAAAAUACUUUCCAAAUGGGAAAAAUGGAAAAAAGGCUAGUGAACCUAAAGAAGCUGUUGGAGAAAAACAAGAAUCCAAGCCAGCUGCUGCCUCUCGUUCUUCUGGAGGUACAGGUGGUGGAGGAAAACGCCGUGGCAAGAAAGACGAUGCUCACUGGUGGUCCCGGUUUCAGAAGGGUGACUUUCCAUGGGAUGACAAAGAUUUCAGGUUGUACUUUAUCUGGACUAAUUUCUUCUGGGGAUUAGUCAUGCUUUACGCUUUGUUCAAGAGCUCUGGGAGAGAAAUCACUUGGAAAGACUUUGUCAACAACUAUCUUUCUAAAGGAGUGGUGGACAGACUGGAAGUUAUCAAUAAACGUUUUGUUCGUGUGACCUUUACACCAGGAAAAACUCCAGUUGAUGUGCAAUACGUCUGGUUUAAUAUUGGCAGCGUAGACACCUUUGAACGGAAUCUGGAGACUUUGCAGCAGGAAUUGGGCAUAGAAGGGGAAAACCGGGUACCUGUGGUCUACAUUGCUGAAAGUGAUGGCUCCUUUCUCCUGAGCAUGUUGCCCACGAUGCUCAUCAUCGCUUUUCUACUCUACACCAUCAGAAGAGGGCCUGCUGGCAUUGGUCGAGGUGGCCGGGGAAUGGGUGGACUCUUCAGUGUUGGGGAAACCACUGCCAAGGUCUUAAAGGAUGAGAUAGAUGUGAAGUUCAAAGAUGUGGCUGGCUGUGAGGAGGCCAAGCUAGAAAUAAUGGAAUUCGUGAAUUUCUUGAAAAACCCAAAGCAGUAUCAAGACCUAGGAGCAAAAAUCCCAAAGGGUGCCAUUCUCACUGGUCCCCCAGGUACUGGGAAGACACUGCUAGCUAAGGCCACAGCUGGAGAAGCCAAUGUCCCUUUCAUCACUGUUAGCGGAUCCGAGUUUCUGGAAAUGUUUGUUGGUGUUGGUCCAGCUAGAGUCCGAGACUUAUUUGCUCUUGCUCGGAAGAAUGCCCCUUGUAUUCUCUUCAUUGAUGAGAUCGAUGCUGUGGGAAGGAAGAGAGGCCGAGGCAACUUUGGGGGGCAGAGUGAGCAGGAGAACACACUCAAUCAGCUGCUUGUGGAGAUGGACGGCUUCAACACAACCACCAAUGUGGUCAUCUUGGCAGGCACCAAUCGGCCAGACAUCCUAGAUCCAGCUCUGCUGCGGCCAGGCCGCUUCGACAGGCAGAUUUUUAUUGGACCACCAGACAUAAAAGGGAGAGCUUCAAUCUUCAAAGUUCACCUUCGGCCACUGAAACUAGAUAGUGCCUUGGAAAAGGAGAAACUGGCCAGAAAACUGGCAUCUUUAACCCCAGGGUUUUCAG